GAGAAAUUAAAGCCAAAAAAAAGAGAGAAGAAAAAGCUAUGGAUUUCCCGCCCAAGAAACCUCCGCUCAUAACUUAUGCAUUUCUCUUACUCUUUUUCAUCGCUUCCUUUCUUCUCAUUCUUGCUCCUUCUUCCUCUUUGAAUCCUCUCCUGUUUUUCCCCUCAACCCUCCAAUGCAAUCGCUCCAAUUCUGUUGAAUUACUCCAUUCCGCAGAUGAACUUGAUUUGGCGCUGGAGAAGGCGACGAUGGCGAAUAAGACACUCGUAAUCGCGGUGAUCAACAAGGCGUAUGCUGAUCAAGGCGUUAAAGACGAUACUACAAUGCUCGAUGUGUUUCUCAGUAGUUUUUGGAUGGGAGAAGAUACUCGAAAAUUGCUUGAUCAUCUUCUUCUCGUCGCUGUUGAUCAAACGGCGUAUGAUCGCUGCCGAUUUCAGCGUCUCAAUUGCUUCAAAUUGGAGACAGAAGGAGUUGAUUUCGGUGGAGAGAAGCUUUACAUGUCUGAGGAAUUCAUUAAAAUGAUGUGGAAAAGAACUCUGUUCCUUCUCGAAGUUCUCAAGCGCGGUUACAGUUUCAUUUUCACGGAUACGGACGUAAUGUGGCUAAGGGACCCAUUUCCAAAGCUAAGCAAAGACGAAACGGAAGAUCUUCAAAUCAGCACCGAUAAUUUCAACGGAGAUCCAUGGUCCCAAUCCAAUCCCAUCAACACCGGCUUCUACUUCGUUCGAUCCAACAACAAAACCAUAGCUCUCUUCGACAAAUGGUACUCCAUGAAGAACAUCACCGCCGGCCAGAAGGAACAGGACGUUCUCUUCAAUCUCAUCCGCGCCGGCAUUUUCCGGCAACUCAAUCUCAAGGUCAGGUUUCUAAACACUCUCUUUUUCAGUGGAUUUUGCCAGAAGAGCAGUGAUUUCCACCAAGUUUCCACCGUCCAUGCCAAUUGCUGCCGGACGAUCGUUGCUAAGAUCAACGAUCUGAGGGCUACGCUCGGCGAUUGGAAACGGUUUAGGAAGUCGACGAAUGCGUCGGAGAUUUUUUGGUGGACGGAUCAUGUUGGAUGUAAGCGAUCUUGGAGACAUUGACGGAUGAUGGUAGCGGCGGCGAUAAUGCGGCGGAUGUGAAUCGGUUAUUUUUUAGGAUGGUGAUGAUGUAGAAAUUACUGGAAAGGGAUUUGAAAUUGUAUGAUUCUUAUGAAGUGUAUUUGUGGAAGAAGAAUACUGUAACAAAUGCAUGAUGAGUCCUUUGCCUAAUUUUUACUUUUAUUUUUUCUCUCAC